AUGAGAGGCACUAUUCUCUUUUUUCUAAUAGGAUCUGCGUUUUCUUUCAAGUAUCGUUUAUCCGAAACAACGGGCAAGUUCGACGAUGCAACGAGAAUAAGCUUGACUCAGUUCCUCAACGAGAAUACUUCUGGGCCAGAUUUGCCAGAAAACGGACGAUUCACGAGCCAGAGCAUCGCAGUUUUGCAAGAUUUCCUCCUUGAAAAUGGCCGGCUUCCGAUAAAUGAUAAAUGGGAUUCACUCGCGAUCGGAACUCUUCAAAACUAUUUGCUCAAGCUCGGAUAUUACGACAUGAAGCCAUGUGGAAUGUUCGGGACGGGAACUUUGAAAUCCUUCAAGCGGUAUCUUCGCGACCAGGGAUUUAACAUGCCAAUUACUGAUGCGAUCGACAGGAGCUUCGUUACCGGCCUUAAUAAUUUUCUCCACCACAGAGCUGGCACUUUGGAGGUUUCAACAACUAACUGGGGAGACGAAACAACAGAAGCCAUUCGAAAGUGGCUUCAUAAAAUCCGCGCAAAGGUUCGUUUUACCGGCGAGUUCUGGGGAGACGAGUGCAAAAUCGGCAAAUGGGAGUGGAAAACGACCGCUACUCUGCAGCAAUAUCUCAACGAUCACAACCCAGCUAACCUGCAAAUAACCAAACGCAUGAAUACUUCUACUGUGCGAGAGCUUGCCAAAUUCUUGAACAACUAUCACAACGUAUAA